AUGUUAACCAAAGAAAUAAUUACCUACACUAUUUGUUAUUUGUCAAAAUCAAUUGUUGUUAAUGACCGUUCAAUCAAACAAGUAAAUAUCAGUUCUCAUUGUGAUAAACACGACAAAGAAGGGAUUACUAAGGAAAAGAUUAUGAAUUUGGUAGAAUUAUUGGAUAAGGAAGAAUUUGAAGUAGUCGGAGAAGACGGCAAGAAAGAGGAAAAACUUUUUCGCCAAGUGGAAAGCGAUAAUGUUUUGGGAAGUGUGAUUCUCAGCAAAGAAGCCACCACUUUGGAAAAAAUCAAAUAUGAACUUUGCCAGAAUAUUGUUCGUUAUAAAAGAAUAAAAAAAAUGACCUUGGAUAAAGUGGCGAAUAUCUUACGACUAGACGAAUUAACUACUAAUAAACUCUUACAUUAUCAUAUUGAAGCCUUUGCCCUUGACAGCCUAAUUUCUUAUGUAGAAAAAUUAAAUCUUCCCCUUCGAGUAAAAAUUACCAGCGAAGAAAAAAGACAAAACGAGAAAGACAUCGAAAAAUUUACAGAGCGGUUUCGCAAAGAAUUACUCGAAACCAAAACUGAACUCUUACUAACUCAAAACAAAUUAAGAAAAUUACAAGAAAAAAACUAA